UCCUCCCCUCUCUUCGCCCUCACCGCCGGCCACCGCCGCCGUCAGCAACCGCCCGAUCGCCAUGGCGCUGCGGCGAGCCGCCUCGCUCCUCCUCAGGUCCCGCCUGCGAGGCCCAGUCCCGACCCCCGCGCGCAAAACCCAAAACCCUCUCCCUGCGCCGCCCUGUCGCCACUUCUCGCCGCGACCGCCGUCUCCCGUCCCUCCCUCCUCGGCCGCCGCCGCCGUCGCGGAGGCCGCUGAGGAGGCGUUCGAGACGGCGAGGACCACGAACGACAUGCUCGCUGCCUUCUCCCGCCUCGAGGCCACCGUGCCCGCCAACGACAAGCGCCUCGCCCUCGCCUGCCUCAAGCUCGGUCAGCACCUCGAGGCAUCAGGAUCUGCCGACCCGUCCCGCGUCCUCUCCCUGGCGCUCCGAUGCCUGGGCAUCCUCGAGGCGACCCCCAACGCCGCCACCUCCACCUCCGUCUCCGCCUCCGAUGCCGUCUCGCUCGCCAUGGCACUCCACCUCGCCGGCUCCGCCUCCUUCGACCUCUCCCGCUUCCACGACGCGCUCUCCUUCCUCGCCCGCUCGCUACGCCUCCUCACACCGCUCAUCUCCGAUAGAAGCGUCGCAUUUGGGGUUGGGGAAGAACCGGAAGGGUUCGACGUGAGGCCUGUGGCGCACGCGGUGCGUCUGCAGCUGGCUAACGUGAAGACGGCGCUGGGGAGGCGGGAGGAGGCGCUCGCCGACAUGCGCGCCUGCCUCGACCUCAAGGAGUCCAUCCUGCCGCCGGGCAGCAGGGAGCUGGGAGCAGCGUACCGAGACCUCGCGGAGGCGCACGCCACUCUGCUCGACUUCAAGCAGGCUCUGCCAUUGUGCCAGAAGGCGUUGGAGCUGCAUGAAUCGACGCUCGGCAAGAACUCUAUGGAGGUUGCGCAGGAUAGGCGGCUACUUGGGGUAAUAUACACUGGGCUGGAGCAGCAUGAGCAGGCGCUUGAGCAGAAUGAGAUUUCGCAGAAGGUGAUGAAGAGCUGGGGUGCAGCUGGCCCUGAGCUCCUACAUGCUGAGAUUGAUGCGGCAAACAUCAAGAUUGCAUUGGGAAAGUUUGAUGAGGCUAUCAGUGUGUUGAAGAACGUCGCUAAUCAGGUGGAGAAGGACAGUGAGAUGCGUGCUCUAGUGUUCAUAUCAAUGGCGAAGGCCCUUGCUAACCAGGAGAAGGCUGGGGAUACAAAGAGGUGCUUGGAGAUUGCUUGUGCUAUACUGGACAAGAAGGAAUUGGCCGCACCCGACAAGGUGGCAGAGGCGUAUGUAGAGGUAUCUUCACUGUAUGAGAUGGUGAAUGAGUUUGACAAGGCGAUAUCUUUGCUGAAGAGGAGCCUGGCGAUGCUUGAGAGGAUCCCUCAGGCACAGCACUUGGAGGGCAAUGUCGCAGCAAGGAUUGGGUGGCUGUUGCUCUUGACUGGCAAGGUCUCGGAAGCUAUCCCGUAUUUGGAGGAUGCAGUGGAGAGGAUGAAGGACAGUUUUGGUCCAAAGCAUUAUGGAGUAGGGUAUGUGUAUAACAAUUUGGGUGCUGCAUACAUGGAGAUGGACCGACCGCAGUCUGCUGCACAGAUGUUUGCCCUCGCCAAAGAAGUCAUGGAUGUUUCCUUAGGGCCUCAUCAUUCGGAUACUAUUGAGGCCUGCCAGAGCCUUGCUAACGCAUACAAUGCUAUGGGAAGUUAUGCCCUGGCUAUGGAGUUCCAAAAGAGAGUGGUUGAUUCAUGGCGAAGCCAUGGCCCUGAUGCUAGGGAUGAGCUCAAGGAAGCUAUUCGACUGUACAACCAGAUUAAGACAAAGGCCCUCGCAUCCCUAUCACCUGGAGGUUCAGCAAAUGCAUUGCCUGAACCUCAGGAACAGGAAACAGACUCAAAUUCUGCCAAAGCUGUGCAACAGUAAUCUCUAAGUUCAGUCUUGAGGAAAUAUACUUUGUGUCCAGUUCGAGGUACAAGUAAUUUUUGCUCAAUAUGUAGCUAUUUCCAUUAAGAGGAUUUCAGUACCAUCUAGAAGACUUGACAGUCUAUCUAAAGUGAUCAAAAUGUGGUUUUUCCGCUUCAUAAAGAAUAGGUACUCGAUGUAAUGCAGGUAUUGGUUGAAGAAUUUGAGUUUUCUUGUUAGUUGUUCCAUGUAGUAGUAUAAAUUUUGUAUUCCAGAAAUCAAUGGUUGGUGAACUGUCAGUUCCCUGCAGCAAGGAAGACCCCUGAUGAGUCAAGAUGUAUUUAUGACAGAUUUCCGCACAGUUUGCCUUUCAAGAAAGUUUUUGGAUGGGACUUUUAGGUCUGAUGUUUAGAUAAAUAUAGUUGUAAAUUCGAAAUGUUUAUCCUUCUGUCAUUCCAGUUUAUGUUUUUUUGUCCUUUAAAAAAAAGUUGAAUGUUUCAGCUUCUAUGCUAAGACUUAACGCUGUCCCUUCAUAGUUUCAUCAUUAGAUGAUUUACUUUUUGUUAUACUUUGCUGUCCUAGAAUCCUAGUCUCUUUCUUACACAUACCUGUGAGAUAUGAAAGUUGAAAUUGCAUGGUAAUCAUUUUCUUAUCUAGCCAGGGAGCCUCAUUAUAGUGUGCGACCAUUGUAUUUUUUUUAAAAAAAAUGUGUGGCCAUUCUGUGCUCCCACGUGUCUGCAACUUUAAGACAAUUUUCACUGUCCGUGCAUUUUUUUCAUGGACUUAUGCAGGCUGGAAGAUAUUGAUAUUUCUGUGAUGAAUGUUCUAGUAUAAAAAUGCACAUCUUGAGUUAAACCAUGAAACAUUUGAAAAUCAUCCUUUAUAACCAUACCAUAUUGUUUCUAUAUAUCUUGCAUAUUGCUAACAGAUGAACAGAUGAUGAAGGAAGAAAACCUGCACUGCACACACGACACACACGGUGCCCCCAAGGUGAACCCGCCCACCAGCCAUUUCGCCCAUGGAGAAGGAUCUCCUUAUCAAGGGAAGAACAUCUCUGUCCCGCCUCUCCGUGAUGCACUCAUCUGCCUUGCUGCUGAUAUCGAUAUCACGCCAUGCACUAUUGCUGCUCUUCCUCCUGUCACUGCUGUUAUCCUGUUGAUCUGUUGCGGUGUCUCCUGCAGAUUCACAAGACGCCAUAGCCGUGCUGGCUUGCUGCGGCUGUGCCCGCGAGGCUUCUUGACCUUGCUCGGUGGGGGGGAUGACCUGGAUGGCCACCUCGUCAGGAGGCGGGAGCUGAUCCAAAUGCAAUGGUGGAAGCAGGCAGUAGUGGCAUGUGAUGGCCGCUCUGCAGAGCGGGCAGUUGGCGUUGCCCUGGAGCCAAGUGUCGAUGCAGUCGACGUGGAAGACGUGGAGGCAGGCGGGCAGCAUCCUGACCCUCUCCUCGUCCUCAAACUCACCGAGGCACACCGCGCACUCGCUCGUGGUCGUGGGGGCAGAAUCAGCAGCGGCAGCGGCAUUCUUGAUGAUGGCCUUCUUCCUGUACCUGAAGGCCGGCAAUGCCUGGAUGACGGCUUGCUCGAGCCCGCGUGGCUCUGCGGGUGGGGCACCGCCGGAGACUGGGAGGCUGCUGGUGCCGGAGGUGGCAGGCUGGCGCCAUCCACGGUGGCCGGCGGCAUCGGAGGGGGAGCUGUGGUGGUGCCACUUGAGGCAGCAGCGGAUGAUGAGGACGUAGUAGGCGAGGAGGAGCACGGAGGCGGUGAGGAUGCAGAACACGGUGAGCACGAGGAUGGGGAAGCUGGUGAUGGAUCACGCGUGGUGGGACGAGGCGGAAGAGAAGUAGGAGUAGGAAGAUGGCAAUGGUGGUGGUGGCGGCGGCUGUGGUGGUGGGAAAAGCAGCGCUGGAAUCUGCGGCAUCGGGAAGAUGGUGCUGCCCCGGCCGGCAUCCAUGGAUUUGGCUGCAGAUAGAAUCGGCAGCAACAAGCGGUGGCGGUGGGUGGAUUCUAUCUACAACCUGCAGGCUCCUGCAGACUGGAGGUGAGCAACGAGGGAAUUACAGGCUGCUGCAGUCCUGCAAGAGCAAGGGAUGCACAUGUAUGUAUGUAGUGUGCCUGGCUCGGAAGGUAGGAGGGAAGAAUGGAUGGUGAGGUUGGAAAAACGCAGUGAUUGAGGUACGGAAGAGAGGAGACGAAAGGCAUGAAUUGAAGCAGACGGGAGAAACGCCAUCAGUCUAGAAUGCCAAUGCCAUGCCAAAAAGGUGUCUUUGAAAAAAAAGGGGGGAAAAUCAGCGUAAAAAGGUCGCGAUCAAAGAAAGGUGAGGGGGCAGUGAUGUGGGUGUGCCGUCCAUUUCUGGCUUGAUUGCUGGAGCUUGCAGCGGCUGUGGUGGGUGUGCUGACGAAGCAAGCUGAUGGUACAUACGGUCGAGCGAGUGAGACAAGAAGACGACGUGCGACGGCGGUGUUCCCGGCGGGACUUUGGCGGGCUCACACGACAACUCUUCUCUCCGGCGGCUUCCAUCAUUCAGAGCUGCCGUUGCUUAAGGCGUUGCCUUGGAUGGCUCCGUUUGUUUCUUCUCUGUCUCUGCUAUGUAGUAGUUGUAAACGUGGAGCCUAGAGAGGCGGGGUAAAAAUGAAAUGAAAUUGGGCAUGACUCCUUUUGCUUU